ACCCAGAAAACUCCACGUGGACUACAGCUCCCAAAAUCCCUUGCGGAAGCCAAAGACUACAAUUCCCGGCGAGUUCCGGGCUCGACGGCUUAGGGCGGAGCAGCAACAUGGCGGCCCCCGGAGCUGGUGACCCUCUGAAUGCUAAGAAUGGAAAUGCUCCAUUCGCUCAGCGCAUCGACCCGUCGCGGGACAAAUUGACCCCUGCGCAGUUGCAGUUUAUGCGGCAGGUGCAACUUUCCCAGUGGCAGAAAACACUGCCACAGCGGCGGACCCGGAACAUCAUGACCGGCCUGGGAAUCGGGGCCCUGGUCUUAGCUAUUUAUGGUUACACCUUCUACUCGGUGGCCCAGGAGCGUUUCCUUGAUGAUCUAGAAGAUGAAGCCAAAGCUGCCCGCGCCCGCGCUCUUGAGAGAGAGAGAGCGUCAGGACCCUAACUGUACAGACCGUCUUCAAACUGCUGGAGCCCCUGUAUAUAUUGAAUGAUGCUUGGUGAUCUCACAGCAUCACUGGUAUACUAACUUCGGACUGUGAUUGAGCCCAAGAAGGCAGACACUAUGCAUUUGGCCACUGCCAAAGGGCAGGGGGGAUUGUUCACUUCAGUUUGUACAGUUACUCAGCCUUUUUUAUUUCCUUGUUUGAGAGGUAUGCGACCUUGCCUUUCCCCAAACUUUGUGGUUUACCCCUUCACCUCCCAGGGGCCCAACUGUUAAGGGGGAGGGUGUGGCCUAACUGCAGAGUUGGAACUUAAAGUGGGAAAGAUAGGGUCAAGUUAAGAGUAAUAAAAUGAGUCAUCUCUCCUGAAGCCAA